AUGGGCGAUGGGUGGCUGCCGCCGGACUGCGGCCCCCAGAACCGCUCCGUGGCCGGGGUGACGGCGGUGCCGCCCGGGAGCAGGCAGCUGCCCGCCGCCGAGCUGCUGUCGCAGCAGUGGGCUGUGGGCAUGAGCCUGCUGAUGGCCCUGGUGGUGCUGCUCAUCGUGGCCGGGAACGUGCUGGUGAUCGCGGCCAUCGGGAGGACGCAGCGGCUUCAGACGCUCACCAACCUGUUCAUCACCUCGCUGGCCUGCGCCGACCUGGUGAUGGGGCUGCUGGUGGUGCCCUUCGGGGCCACGCUGGUGGUGCGGGGCACCUGGCUCUGGGGGUCCUUCCUCUGCGAGUGCUGGACCUCCCUGGACGUGCUGUGUGUGACGGCCAGCAUCGAGACCUUGUGCGUCAUCGCCAUCGACCGCUACCUAGCCAUCACCUCACCUUUCCGCUACCAGAGCCUCAUGACCAAGGGUCGGGCCAAGGGCAUCAUCUGCACCGUCUGGGCCAUCUCUGCCCUGGUCUCCUUCUUACCCAUCAUGAUGCAUUGGUGGCGGGACGAGGACCCCCAGGCGCUGGAGUGCUACCAGGACCCGGGCUGCUGCGACUUCGUCACCAACAGGGCUUACGCCAUCGCCUCGUCCAUCAUUUCUUUCUACAUCCCUCUUCUCAUCAUGAUCUUUGUGUACCUCCGGGUGUACAGAGAGGCCAAGGAGCAGAUGAGGAAGAUCGAUAGGUGCGAGGGCCGGUUCUACGGCAGCCAGGAGCAGCCGCAGACGCCCCUGCCCGCUCACCCUCACCACCAGCCCAUCCUCGGCAACGGCCGAGCCAGCAAGCGAAAGAGCUCCCGCAUCAUGGCCAUGAAGGAGCAGAAAGCCCUCAAGACUUUGGGCAUCAUCAUGGGGGUGUUCACCCUCUGCUGGCUCCCGUUUUUCCUGGUGAACAUCGUCAACGUCUUCAACAGGGACCUGGUGCCGGACUGGCUCUUCGUUUUCUUCAACUGGCUGGGCUACGCCAACUCCGCGUUCAACCCCAUCAUCUACUGCCGCAGCCCCGACUUUCGUAAGGCCUUCAAGAGGCUGCUCUGCUGCCGCCGGAAAGCCGACCGGUGGCUGCACGGCGGCGGCGGGGAGCUGGCCCGGCUGCCCGGGGGCUUGAUCAGCACCGUGGGCUCCCCCGAGCGCAGCCUGGCAGGGACCUGGUCCGACUACAACGGGGGCACAAGGGGCGGCAGCGAGUCCAGCCUGGAGGAGAGACAUAGCAAAACCUCCGAUUCGGAGUCCAAGGGAACAGUCAGGCUAAUGGAUUUUCAUUGCCUUGUGCUUCUGUUCAUCAAUCUAGCCCUACACAAAAAAGACUUCAGAUCAGAUGUAUUUCUGAAACUUAUCUAUGUGAAUAUUUGACUCCUUAUCCAAGCAGAACAAAAGCCUCCAAACCUUCUGAGGUCUAUCCAUCAAGAGCCUUAUCUCCCCAUGUCACCAUUCAGCUCCUGGCUGCUGCUGCUUGGAGCCUCCCGCAAGCUCAGCUCUGACCACCAGUUUCCCAUUUCCCCUCUCCAGGCAGCUCUGCAGCAUUAUCCACAGUCACCUCCUUGGCUUCCUGCCACUUCAGUGAUGACCUCUGCACUACCUGCAGGCCUGGGCUGCUGCAUGCUCCACAACCAGCCAGCUUCGUGAUGGGCUCUGUUGGUGCUGCUGUAUCACAGCCCAUCAUCUUCAUCCCCCACACACAUAUGUAGCUUGGGCUAUGGCCAUAGCCAUGACCAGAGCAGAGCACACUGGCUCAGCUUGGCCCUAACAACGGAGAAUGUUUGUCUUUUUUAAUGGGAUAUUAAUGAAGCUUGGAUAAAGUCCUCCAUCUGAGGUUCAAAGACUGAAAUAUCCAAGGAGAAUAUUUCUGAUCCCCUUCCCCCUGGCAGCCGCUGGUCCCCUCUGGCAGGGGCAUCCUCACUGCUGCCGUCAGGCUGCCAGAGAUCUCAGUUAGCACCCCUAAAAACCCAGGUAGGCUCUACCCUGGUAAAUGAGCGUGGUCCCUGAACUGCUGGGAAGCACCAGGAGCAUAGCAAGCACACGGAGGGGCACCAGCAUCAUCAGCCCCGUGGAGGUUCCUGGCCACGUAAAAUAGCUGCAUAGUGAGACUUAAUGCCCAGUUUAUAACAUGUGUUACUCAGCCUUGUUGGAGAAGUCUCUGCAGUGCAUUGUACUCGGUAUCAGGGCCACAAGACGUUCCUUGCUUUGAAGCUGAGCUGGCACAAGAAGUUUUCUGCAGUCCUGCUGUCCUGUCAAAACUGUGGCCAAAAACAACAGGGUGAAGACUUUGGAAAGAGUCACCCAUCCACAGUGUAACUGAUUUAAAAGAGGGGCCUGGCUGGCUCAGGGCUUGAGAACAGCUUUCAUGCAGGUCAGAGGUUGAGAUCAUGUGCACCACGGUGGGGUUCAGAGAUCUCUGCUGCUUGGUACCGCUUGAUCUCAGCCCAGAUCUAGACAAGCUUCAGAAUCGGGGUGGCCUUUUCCAAUGGGCCUAUUUUCCUAUGGUCCUUUUCACAGGAGACUCUGAUGAGUGGGCUGUUACUGCUCUCCUCCCUGUGGUUUUAAUUUUUUUCUCUGUUUUAUAGUCAGAGGGGUAAAGCUAAUUCCCAUCUCAAAUAUAACAAUGAAUUUGACUCAAUAACAAGAAGAUCAAUGUACUUUUUAU